CAGACAGAGGAUGACGUCCAUUCACACGCAGGUAGAGAAGCACUGGCUGGGCUCAGUCAAGAUCCCCUUCAGCACCAUUUACUCCCAGUCAAAGAUUGAUGGAGCUUUCAAGGUGAACACGCCGGCCGUGUUGCUAGGAUACAGCAGGGAGCACAGCAGUAACAGCGUUUAUGAUCACUGGCGGAGCACGUGUGGAGGGACGUUCAUCCGACUCUUCAUCACCAUCGAACCUCAGCUGGUGCCUGGAGAGUCUAUUAGGGUGAAGUUGGACAGUCAGGAGGAUGAGCGUUUACUGCAGGCUUCAGGGAAGUUUGAGAAGGACGCAGCUCAAGGCUUCCCGGACCGACGCUGCGUCACCACAGUCAUAGACCUCAGUGGGAAGACGGUCUUCAUCACGCGUUACAUCCGACCACUCAACCCCCCACAGCAGUUCCUCGAUGCCUUUCCUAACAACCCUCAGGAGGCAACGACCCUGGUGGCCCGAUUUGUCUCCCUGAUCCCAUCUUUGCCGGACCAGGUUUCCUUCUCUGGAGCCUUUGACUUAUGGAGCACAUGCGACCAAUUCCUGACUCUACUGGCAGGAGAUGAGGAGGAACAUGCUGUACUGUUGUGCAACUACUUUCUCUUUUUGGGAAAGAAGGCCUGGCUUAUAAUUGGCACAGCCAUACCAGAGGGACCCACAGCUUAUGUGCUAACCCAUGAGCCGAGCGGCUACUUCAUCUGGAACCCCAGCAGCGGACAGUUCUAUGAAAAGGACGACGCCUUCUGCCCCCUGCAGACUGUGGGCUGCUUGGUUAAUUCUGACAAUGUUUGGUUGAACAUUCAGGAAAAUCCCUCACCUUUAAACACAAACUUUGACAUCACUAAGGCCAAUAUGUGGAAACCAUUUUUCUCCCGCUCCUUCUCCCACCCCGGGCUGUCUAGUGUACAGCCAGAGGAGUUGGUGUACCGCCAGACGGACGUAGCAGCUGCAGCUGAGCUUCAGGACAGAGUGGAGAAGAUACUGAAGGAGAAGAUUAUGGAGUGGCGCCCACUUCACCCAACUCGCUGGAACCGGUACUGUAACUCAACCCUGAAGCAGUUUCUGCCCAAACUGGAGCAGAGCCGCGGUCAGGAUGUGGCUGAGGGCCACCGCCUUGAGCUGCAGAGCCUCCUCGGAGACUACAGGAUUUCCGGAUUCCCGCUCCAUCUGCCAUUUUCUGAGAUCCAACCGAUUGUAGAGGCAGUUCACAGCACCGGGGUUCACAAUAUUCACUCAUCCAAUGUGGAGUUUGCGAUGGCGGUGUACGUGCAUCCUUAUCCUAACAACGUGAUGUCAGUGUGGGUUUAUCUGGCCUCACUCAUCCGCACGUGAUCAAAGACCGAACCUGUUCAACAUUUCACUAGCUGUUGCUUUUUAUUAUAACUUUUUAUCUUGUUUAUAAAGUACUAAUGUGUAUAUAUGUUAAUGUUUUGAUAAAUAUUUUCUACCUGUCAUCACUCCAGCAUCAGUUCUAAGUGCCUUACAGUAUUAAUUUGCCCUGAA